AUGGAGGGGAAGGUGUGCAGUGGUAAUAACGUGCUCCAGGCGAGGAAAGCGGUGGAGCAGCUCAGAGUGGAGGCAAACAUCGAGAGGGUCAAGAUCUCCGUGGCAGCGGCUCAGCUGGUUCAGUACUGCCAGGAGCACAUCCGGUCCGACCCCCUAAUCACGGGCAUCGCCACCUCCGCCAACCCCUUCAAGGACAAGAAAAGCUGUGUGCUAAUCUAG